AUGGGAAAGGUUUUGCAGAAGAAGAAGGCCCGCUCUGGGCGCUCCAAGGCCCGCGCGAAGGAUAACCGCCUCAAGAGCGGCCACAAGAAGAUCAAUGUCCUAGGCAAUCAGAUCAUCGCCGACAACUGGGAUCGCAACCUGACCCUAACACAAAACUACCAGCGCCUGGGUUUGAUGCACAAGCUGAACGCCCCGUCCGGUGGUCGCGAACGUCUUCCCGGCAACGAAGAGGAAUUCCCCGAGAACCAGAACUCGCUCCACAUCAAAGGCAGCGCCAAGGAGGCCGCAGGCAAGCUCCAGCUCGGUGAGACAAGAGUUGAGCGCGACCCGGAAACCGGCAAGAUUUUGCGUGUCAUCCACGACGACGUCGACAGCAUUCAGGUUGCAGGCCGCCAGCACCCCCGCAAGAACCCCCUCAACGACCCUCUGAACGACAUCUCCGACGGCGAGAUCGAGAGCAACCCCCUCACCGACUCGAUUGUUGUGCAGCAGCUCGAGCGCCAGGCUGAUCAGGAGGGCAAGACUGUUCGGGCUAAGAAGCCUCGGCACCAGAGCAAGCGUGAGGAGGAGUGGGUUCUGCGCUUGAUCGAGAAGCAUGGCGAUAACUUUACUGCUAUGGCCCGGGACCGCAAGCUUAACCCUAUGCAGCAGAGUGAGGGUGAUUUGCGGAGGAGGAUUAACAAGUGGAAGAAGACUCAGGCUUGA